AUGACGAUAUCCAUUACAGAGUUGACGAACCAUUCUUAUAUCGACCACCAGUUGUCCGCGACGCUGGACUCGACAGAGGCCUUUGAGGGUCCCGAGAAGCUACUGGAGAUUUGGUUUUUCCCACAUGUGGGGAAGGUGCCCGGCGAGGGGAAGACCUUGCGGGACGUCCCCGUGGAGACAUGGGUGUCUAUCUUGCAAUUGGUCAAGUGCGAGGUGCUCUCCAUCAAGUCGACACCGGAGAUGGACGCGUUUCUGCUCAGCGAGUCCUCAAUGUUUAUAUACCCGCAUAGAAUGACGCUCAAGACGUGUGGGACGACGACGACACUGUUCUGUUUGCCCCGUCUGUUUGAGAUCUUGCACGAGUUGCUCGGGUGGGACUUCCGGAACGAAGAGGAGGGCAAAUUCGAACCUUUCAAAGUGUUUUACUCGAGAAGGGCGUUCAUGUUCCCCUCGAAGCAGAAAUCGAUCCACAGGAACUGGGGGGACGAAGUGGACUACUUGAAUGCGUUCUUCUGUUCCGGGAAAAGUUACGUCGUGGGCAGGUUCGAUGAUAGGAAACAUUGGAACCUGUACGUCACAGACACCAAGGAACAAGAUGAGCAAGUGGCAGCGGUAGAAGAGUCACCCGCAGUCGAGGACGAGACGUUCGAGAUCCUUAUGACCGGACUGGACCCUGAAUGCACAGAGCAGUUCGUGUCCCACCGGCAAGUCUCUGCGGAGCCACAGCCUCUGGGGCAACCGCAGGAGAGGACCAACGACGACGCUGACGACGACGGCCACCUCCUCGGGUACAGCAUGACGCGGAAGACGGGGCUCGACAACGUGUACAACACUGCGAGUGCGAACUCCAGGGACGCGGAAUUCCACCACGACGCGUUUGCAUUCUCACCUUGCGGGUACUCCUCUAACAUGAUUGUCGAUAACCACUACUACUAUACACUGCACGUCACCCCGGAGAAAGGGUGGUCGUACGCCUCUUUCGAGAGCAACGUGCCUGUGAGCGAGAUAUCCAACGACAGACAGGAUAACGUCGACGUGCUGCGCAAAGUACUGAACGUGUUCCGUCCGAGGGAAUUCUGUCUCACGUUCUUUGCCAAAUCUGCAGGGAACAAGAACUUCGAUAGCCUGCAACAGUUUGCCUCAAAGUCGCGACUGUACGAGAAGAAAGAACGCAUCAUUUACGACCUGGAGGACUACCAAUUACUCUACAUCAGGUUCGAAAGAAAGUGA